AUGAAGAAAAAUAGCAAUAAAGUACUCAAGCAUGAACAAAAUAAUCUUUUCAAUGAAACUGUCAGAGAAAUUAGAAAACUGGUAUAUCCUCAUUUAGAUAAAUUUCAACGUCAACAAUAUGAUAAUGCUAGGGCAAAAGUUUUAGGUAUAAAACAGAAAAAGUCUCAGAAAAUGCCUCUACCAGAAUUAUUAUCUCGCCAAAAGGCUACUAAAAGACAUAUUGAUAAACGAAAGCAAUUAGAAGAAGAGUUAAAUGUUAAAUUACAUAUCGGUGAUAAAGCUAAUAGAUUUGAGGCAGAAAAAGAUAUAAAGAAUAGAAGAAAAUCUAAAAUUGAGAAAAGAAAUAUAUCCACAAAUUUAAGUGGAAAAGGAUUUUCCGAGAAAUCUGGUGUUGUUUAUGUAGGUAAAAAUAUUAUCAAGAAAAGACAUAAAUAA